ACCUUACAGAGAUCUAAGAUUAUGCUCCUGGUAGAUGGAACAACACGCUGAAAUGAGGUGCUAGACCUGGUUAACAUUUGUUAUAAAUUAAUACACAGCCCCAGAAACAGCUGAUCUUUGGAGAGCAUCCGAAACGUGUUUGCUUUCAGGCGAGGAUUAACCAACCAAUCGUAACUGUCAUCCUGUAUGACUUCACAGAGUCAGUCAGGAAGAGAGAGAAGGAGCUGUCUUAUACAGUGAUACAUCGCUCACUGAAUCACACUGACAUUCAGAUGGAUCAAUACAGUGUGACUGAUCAUACCCACAGUGUAGCACAGGGCAUGUUCGGAUAAAACAAACAGACCAAGGCUGACAAUCGUAACACUGCAUGAUGUGGAUAGCACACAACACCUGUGGCAUGUCUGAACAUUACAGUCAACCUACCUAGGGUAUGAGAGCCACAGCAGCACAAUGUUCACAGAGACCCUGAGUACCAGACAGGAACUGGUCGAACAUCUCGACACAGAGCCUCUUUACGAUUAUCUCAGACAACAUGGCGUGCUUGACGAAGAAGUGGAGAGCAAGAUACGUGAGGAGAAAUCUCAGGCCGACCGCAACAUAGCAAUCCUACAACAUCUGGACAGCCAUGGAAACAUAGCCAUUGGUCUGUUCAUCAAUGCACUUCGCCAAUCAGGUCAGCUCCAGUUAGCUAGUUCUCUGGAUGUGACCAAUCGGAUUCAACCUAUUUAUGGCACUGGCUAUUGGCAGAAACCCAGGCAUAAAGGACAAAUUGCUGUAGAGAUCCAAGUGCUGGCUGUGAAGACUGUCCUCACCAAAUCCUCCAAAUCCAAAGAUGACCCAGAUGGAACAGACCAAUCAGAACGGGACCAUGACAACACAAUCGACCAAUCAAUGGACAGGUGGAUCAGCGUGGAGGAUGUGCGGCAUGCCAUGGAAACAGGGCCAUGUGGGCUGUCUCCACGAAGCAGAGCGUACUACAAAUCCUUUGAGAACAUGACCAUUCUGGAACAGCCUGAAGACAGUCCGAGUCCACGGGCUCACAAAAUUCAACAGUUCGCUUAUGAAGAGGAUGAAAAUGAAGGGAAGAAGAAGUCGUGUUUCUGUCUGUGUCUCCCAAAGUUAUUUGGCCACAAGAAGAAAGACAAAGAGCAGCAGCGAAAAACCCAGCCUAUUGAUGCUAGGAAACCAUCCAGUGCUUACGAGCAUUCACGUUCUCCAAGCAGAACAUCCAGACAGAGCAUUCCAAGCCGGCCAAUGUAUCCCGGCCGAAAAGGUUCCAGUCAGAUGAACGGCUCCAAUCUGGAGAGUAACAUGGUGGCCAAGAAAAACAAUAUAAAUCAGCAGAGAACUGAAGAGAACCACAACCUGCUGGAAGACCAGAACAAGUGGAAGGAGAAAUCGGAGGACAUUCUUCCAACUGAGACCAAUCCGUCUGCAGAUGUCAGUCAGACAGAUGUCAUAGACGGCAUUGAGCAGUGGAUCAGCAGUGUGGACAUUCUCAAGGAUGCCUCGCGCAGAUUCUACACGCUGUUUGAUAACACAGACGGCUCUCCUUACACUCAGCUUUUGAAAUAUUUCGAGCAAGAGCGGGGGCUUCUGACCUUGGAGACACACACCAAUGACAGACUAGUUGUGGUGACCAUUUGCAUGACUAAGGCACAGCUGGACAAACUGAGACUAGACUUUGACAACAGUUCCUUACACAGUGACCUUGAAAACUACCUGGUGACCCCUAAAGUUCUGGAAGUCGUUGGGGUCAGCGGGGUGCAGCUGGAUGUACGGAUAGCAGAAGAACAGUUCACACUGGUAGAACAGGAACUCAAGUAAAGGGAGACAAUUCUGGUGUGUCUGGUGCGUGACAGCAUCACUGAUGCUGAAAAAAAAAUGUCUGCAGCUAACUUAAUGUCCACUUGUAUGUCAAACAUGUGCACAAACUGUUGAUGCUGUAAGAAAGCUGCUUGACCAUGACCUUGUGAAAUACCAACAGUGUGGAAUAUAUGCUGCCUGAAAAACCCCAAUGAUAAAGCCAGCAUCCCAUGGAAACGUUCCCUGUAUAUAUCAAUUUGUUUUAGAUGCCACACAACAUACAUGGUAAUACUUACCACUGGAAGACUGAGUUGAUAUUUUGUGGUAGCCCACAACAUACACACAAUGUCUAUCGCAUUCUUUGGAAGCUGAACCU